AUGGCCCAUGAUGCAAUCGUGGCCUCCAUCUCGGUUCUUCGCGAUGUAUCCGCAUCAUCCGAGCAGAAAUUACACGUAGCCAGACAUCUAAAGAACAUCAUUGUCGGCCAGGAGCAGAGGAAGGAAGCCGUCGUUAAGAAUGGCAUUGUUCAGCCACUCGCAGAUCUACUAUCCACAGCCCAAAAGGCCAUCGGGAAACGAAAGGCUGAAUCUCAGGGCGUGCCACUCAAUCAGAUUCAUGAGUGGACCCCCGAAGAUGAACUCAGACUCCAAGCUACUCUCAUCAUUGGAAGUCUCGCGGCCGGCGGAGCAGGCUUUCUUCAUCCAUUAUGUGCGGCCAACAUUCCAGGCCUUCUUGUAGAUACCAUGUCGGUUGAUGACGGUGAAAUGGACUCUCGACUCAUUACCGCCGCCCUCCACGCACUCAAAGCGACGGCCAUCUUCUGCUCAACCGCCGACGAUGCUCUUGCCGACUACGAUUUCUGGUCAAUUGUCAUCAACGGGACAACUCUAUCAGACAUGAACCGGCUUCUAGAGAAGGGCGACAAGCAACAUGUGCGUCUCAUAGCCGAAAUCAUAUCCGUCAUUCCCGGAGACAGAGACCGAGAGAGACACAAGUCGUUGGUCACUAAUUGCGGCGUUCUCGACACCCUUUCGGCGCUGCUUGUCUCCCAUACGAUCAACAUCAAGCUUUUGCAUUACCGCGGUGAUGCCUCCCAAUACCCACCACCUCCUUCAGAUGCCGACCUCCCCAGUAUACUUGCAGCCAUUGCCACCACCAUUGAAGGGUCCAGCUAUCGAGCUCAUCGUUUCAUCCUCGCGCCAUGUGUAUGGGAUCUCUUUAUGCGCACAGGUAACGAUUCAAACGACCAUCGCCAACAGUUUGGAGCUCGACAAGGUUUCAUGAACCCACACGAGAGCUUGUUACCUGCACUGCACAUUCCCGCAAACAGAACCAUCUCGCACAACCCAGGAUCCAACAACUUUCCUGCUUUGAAGACUUUGCACAAUGGGAAAUCUGGGAGCACCCAGUCUGGGGGCGUCUCACCAGUUGGAGAUAUAGACCAUUCCAAUGCUGUCUGUGGUUGGCUCCUCGUCUAUGCUCGCAAAGCGUAUGGUCUGCKGAGAGUCAUAGCACUUCGACUUCUUGCUAUCGUUGCAUACGCAAUCGAGGCCGACCCAGCCGGUCCUUCUCACAAGACAGAAUUCGUGCAAAAGACUCGGGAGCGACAACGGCAGCUCGCAUUAUUGGCCGUACCACUGGCAGUUCAACUGGUGAAGGACGUCAACGAAUCCAGCGGUGGGGAAUGGAAAGAUUCACCGCAAGAUUCACGUCUUGUCAAGGAGCAGGCUUGUGCCGUGCUCGCUUUGCUGAUUUCCUGCCACAAGGACCUACAAAUUGCUGCCGUGGACGCAACAGCCAUCAAGCAAGUCUGUCCAAUCUUGAAGAAAAGCUUCGACAAUGUGACAUUGGCCAAACAAAUGUGGUCUGCGAGGUCAAACGCGACAGUCAACCCAAACGCACCGGAAACGUGUCGCAUGGGCAGUGCGACAUUACCGUCAGAGAUAGUCCAUGCUCUGCGCUGCCGUCAGGGCGCUUUGAAGGCCAUUGCGGCGCUUGCUGCUAACGAAGAUAUUCAUCGCAAAGCCAUCAUCGACUCGGGCGUUGUCAGCUGUAUCAUCGAUUCUAUGAGGCCAUUCGCUCCAAAUGCCGCAGCUGACGCGCUGAGCCAGCGGAGUCAACUGGCACCAAAGGACGGCAAUACAAUCCCGGUCAUAGUUGCAGCAUGUGGCGCAGCGCUGUCCAUGGCCCGCAGUGUCGCUGUAUUACGCACUAGUCUUAUUGACGGCGGCAUUGCGAAACCCCUUGCACAACUCCUGAAGCAUCCAUCGCUAGAAAUCCAGAUUGCAUCCACCGACGUCUGCUGCAAUCUGCUCCAGGAUUUCAGUCCUAUGCGGGAGGACCUUUCAGACGCCGAUGUGGUAAAGACGCUUGCCGAACACGCUCGAAGUAAUUCACCGGCAUUGAGGCUGUCCAGUCUCUGGGCGUUGAAGCACGUUGUCUAUGGUUGCCCCAAGGAAGUCAAACUAAGUACGCUAGAGGAGCUGGGGACUGGUUGGCUUGUCGGCAUAAUCCAAGGCGAGCAGCGCGAAGUAUCCUCCGGCAGCGGUGGGGUCAGCGUUGCCCUCAGCACACCCAAUGCUGCCGGGGAGCAAGUUGACCUGCUUAACCCUUCUUCCAUGGAUGUCGACGAGCCGUCUGCACCCGAAGAUGCUAUGAAUGAUGACGAGGAUGAUGAUGGCGAGGUCUUGUACGACGAGGCUUCUAGUACGCACUACCAAUCGUCCUCGAUUCGAUCAACAUUCAAUCCGCCUACGCCCGCGUUCAACAGCAAACGCUAUCUAUCCUCUAUUCGUGAGCGAGAAGAGAAUGCUGAAUACGUCGCUCGCAAACAUGAGGCAGCGAUCCAAAAGCACGCCAUUGACUUUGUUAGAAACUUCAUCCACGGGGAAGACUGUGCGGUACUUUCAGAUCACCUCAUGAACCAAAUCGGCAGUGYCAAAGUCUACGACCUGUUGACAGCCAAAUUGGCACMACUUCCUCGCACCAUCUCUGGAGGACGUCAAAUAUACAACCCGACUGAUCUAGUCCUCAGCACCAUCCAUGUUGUCAUCCACCUAGCGAAUGCUUCCCCGAAACACCGCCAAAUGCUCAUCGCGCAGAAACCUCUCCUCCAAGCUAUGAUUCCACAUUUCAAGCAUGAUGAUCCCCGCGUUCGCGUUAUGUGCGUGUGGGCGGUAAACAGUCUUACCUGGAUUGAAGAAGGGGACGACAGGCGGGAUGCCUCAUCGAGAUUCAAGGAGUUGAGAGCGCUGGGGAUUGAGGGUGCGGUGAGGGCGCUGGCUAAUGAUCUGAAUCUUGAUGUCAAGGAACGAGUCAAGACUGCGCUGAGACAGUUUGAUUCAUUAUAG